CUAGUGAUGUAAAUGAUGUCCGAGGCUCCUCGUGAACUCCUCACAGUCUCCUCGAGAGUUCAUCCCCGUUACUCACCGAGCCUCUCCCGUUACAGUGAGCGCACGCAGAUGUGGAGUUUCUAAUGGCUCUCGUGCGCAGUGUUGGGCUUCUGGCUCUGCUGGGGUCGGUCCGGUGUCUGAGCCGGGAGCAGCUCUUCGAUUACGGGAUCCGGUUCGGCGAUAAGAUUCUGGAUUCUGCAACCGAUUCGGUCCGAGAGCUCGAGCUGGAACAAACGCUCUUCUUCUUCAAAGGAAAGUUCGAUAAAGUUUACGUGAACACCAAUGGCUUCAUCUCUCUGAGUCACCCGGCCGAUGAGUCUGAGUACCUGGGGAAGAUGCCGGCCAGUUUUGGUAUGAUUGCAGCCUUCCUGGGAGAUCUGGACACCACCGAUGGGGCCGGGUACGUCUAUUUCCGCCAGGAUAAAAGCCCUGAUGUGCUCCAGAGAGCUGCGGAGCACAUCAGACAAGCGUUUCCUUCUGACGAACAGAUCGAACCCACUCACGCCAUCAUCGUCACCUGGGAGAACGUAGCACCUCAAGGUGAACGAGGACCAGGAGGUGAAUAUAUGAGAAAUACCUUCCAGCUAGUUGUAGCAAACAUGGAGUCUGCGUCGUAUGCCGUCCUGCUGUAUCCGGAGGAGAGCAUGCAGUUCGGCUCCACUCUCAUUGAUGAUGAAGAUCAGCUGAUCGAGGUGGGCUUCAAUGAAGGGAAGGUCCAGGGAUGGUUCGGGUGGGGGUCCACUCAAGGAGCUUACUAUCGCAUCACCGGAGACAGCGAGGACUCCAUAAGCGCUCUCGCACAGGAGACAAACUCGGGCCGGCCUGGCGUUUGGGUCUACGAGAUCGGCACGUCUCCGUUAUUCACCUCCAUCACACCCGGAGUGGUCACGGAGGUCACAGGGGUCACGGAGGUCACAGGGGUCACAGAGGUCACGGAGGUCACAGGGGUCACGGAGGUCACAGAGGUCACGUCUGAGGAGACUGUGGUGGACUCUCUGGUCCCGGAGCCGUCAGUCCCGUGGAUUCGACACCAUGAGGAUCUUCUGACCUCCGAAGCGCCGUAUGAACCUCUCUCCACCAGUCCAGAGCCGUUCGGAGAGUCGUCCACCCCUGACGAGCCUCAGCAUCGUUAUCGUUUCGUUCAGCCUCAGCAGCCACAGAACCCGCAGGUGCUGAUCAUCGAUGAAGACGAGCUGAACGUCGACGUGUUUUCGUAUAAUUACGAGACGUGCUCCAGCAACAAGCACAAGUGCUCUGUGUUUGCCGACUGCAGAGAUUACGCUGAUGGAUACUGCUGUCACUGCAAACCUGGUUAUUACGGCAACGGCAAGGAUUGCAUCGCCGAGGGCAAGCCUCAGAGGAUGAACGGGAAGGUCAGUGGCAGGAUCUACGUGGGUGAUUCUCCGUCUCCUGUGGAGUUUUCUAACAACGACCUGCAUUCGUACGUGGUGACUAACGACGGUCGAGCGUAUAUCGCCAUCAGCAGCAUCCCGUCCAGCAUCGGUCCGUCUCUACAGCCGCUGCCGGCUCUGGGUGAAGCCAUCGGAUGGGCCUUCGCUCUGCAGCAGCCCGACUACCACAACGGCUUCAGCAUCAUCGGAGGGGUUUUCACACGGCAGGCCGAGGUGGUCUUCCAGCCCGGGAACGAGCGGCUGACCAUCAGACAGGAGUUCAGUGGCAUCGAUGAACACGAUCACCUGAUGAUCAGCACUGAACUGGACGGCAGGAUCCCAGAGGUUCCUCGAGGAGCCACGGUCCAGAUCCAGCCCUACAGAGAGAUCUACCAGUACUCCAGCAACCGUGAGUCCACCUCAGACAGAUUCAAUUCAAUUCAA